UCGAAUUUGUUGGUCGUAAAAAAUCCCUUAUCUACUGGAAAAAAUUCAAAGAAGUGGUACAUACACGAAAACCUCUCUAUAUUUCAAAAUUAAAUGAACUUUAUAUUUCUAGAUGUAAAGUCUCUGGUGGAACCUUAUAUCAGAUUAGAGGUCUAUGUCCAAACUUGCGACGCUUGACUAUAAGCAACUGUCAUGGAUUUUCUAGCAAAACAAUUGGAAAAAUCGUAUACCCGAACUUAAUAUAUCUUAAAUUCCACCGUAAACGUCAUCGUAUCAAAGAUAAAACUAUUUAUAAUAUUGCAUCUUCAUGCCCAAAUUUAACCUAUCUCUAUUUAGGAUAUAGUGAAUACAUCUCUGAUAUUUCUAUUAUAGAAAUUGCCAAGUCGUGUCAAAAGUUAAAAUAUAUCAAUAUAGGUGGUGCCCACAUUACUGAUAUCUCAUUAAAAGAAAUCGCUCAUCUGUGUUCGAACCUUCAACAUCUCCACUUGAUCGAUUGUGAAAAAGUGAUGGAUUAUGGAAUUAGCGUUAUAGCUACCUCAUAUCCAAAUAUGCUUAGUUUUUCUUUUGCAAAUGGGAACAGUUCAUAUGAUAAAUUUAAUAAUGAGGGUAUUUCCGAUGUUUCUGUUAAAAAAAUCGCUCAGUGCUGUCCUGAUCUCAAAUAUCUUAAUGCUAGUUGGAAUUGGAUAUCUGAUGAUCCCAUUUGUAUAAUAGUGUGA